UGUGAAGGAAAUUGACGUUCAGCUGAUUUAGUUGGAUUAUACAAGGACUUCGUACUUCUUCAGCGUUCUACUAAUCAGUCGAAUUUGAACCUUAAUUCUACCGCAUGUGCUGUUUCAGCUGAGUGUGGUGCCGUGCUCGUCGCGGACAAUCGUUAGCGGAUUGAUUCCUCGUGUUGUGAUGGCUCUCGGUAGUGAAGUGAAUGAUGGCUCUUCAAAAAAUGCUCCACAAAAAGUGAAAAAAUGCCCUGCAAGUACAAAUUCAAACGACAAAACUACUGAUGAGAUAGUUAGCAAAGUCGAGAAACAAGAUAAACAAAUUUCAAAAAUGAAAAAGGAGGCCGGCGUUAAAGUGUCUUGCAGUAACGGUCAUGCAAGUAUGCCUAACGGACGCGCCGACGAUGAGGGUGGCGGCAGAACUGCGCCUACUCCUAGGGUCUCAUACGCGGCCGCCGCACGGAAGCCCCCUUCACCACAAACCAACAACACGCCUGCGCCUUUCCUGCUUCAUACAGAAUCCCGAAAAGUUAAGACCAGCGAGAAGUCAUCACAACCGAAGUCCGUAAAUUCCACAACGAAAGUGAAUGGUGAAGGAUCAAUAGAAAAUGAUGAUAGUAAGAAAGAUAGCAUAGGUACCAAAGAGUCAAUAAUGAAUGGCACAGAUAAUGCACACGAAAAAAUUGUUAACGGUGACCCAAAAAAAGAUUCAGAUUGUGAUAUUAGUAGUAGUAGUGAUAAUGCUAAAGUAGUUGUUAAUGGAGUCAAGAAAGAUUCCGAUGAUACGAAAUCAAUUAAGUCAGAUGAUGAUAAUAUUUCUACUGUGCCUUUAGUUUGCCCAAUCAAAAGUUUUGAAGGUAAAACAAUGGCGGACAAAAAGAAAGAUAAUAAAAAAAUUAAAGUAACUGUGACUGAUAACAUCAUUGAUACGCCAUGUAAAAAGGAAACUGUAAAUGCAGAAAAAAAAGUGGAAGAUGUGUCAAAGAAAGCUGAAAAAGAAUCUGACAAACUUAAUGGUGAUAGUUCCAAAAUGGUCAAUGGGGACAAAGACAGAGAGUCGACUCCAAGUGAGGAUGGCGACGACAAGAAACGGGACCCGGAAGUUUUGUUUAUUCAGGAUAUGGGUUUUACUGUAAAAAUUGUUAGCCCUGGGGCAGAACCAUUGGAUAUCCAGGUUUCGAGCAUGGAACUGGUGCAGGAAAUACAUCAAGUGCUCAUGGACCGCGAGGAUACAUGCCACAGGACUUGCUUCUCGUUGCAGCUGGACGGUAUUACUUUAGACAAUUUUGCCGAAUUAAAGAAUAUUGAAGGGUUGAAAGAGGGAUCAAUAAUUAAGGUAGUUGAAGAACCUUACACAAUGCGCGAGGCGAGAAUUCAUGUACGUCACGUACGCGAUCUUUUGAAAUCGAUCGACUAUACAGACGCGUACGCUGGACAGGAAUGCAGUUCUCUUGCAUUUCUGAACGUUAUCACGCAAGGGGAUAUUCUAGAAAAAAAGAAAUCUCGCCCAGAGAGUGUAGACUGCACUCCGCCUGACUACAUAAUGCCUGGUAGUGCUGAGAGGCCGCUAUUGCCCUUGCAUCCGGGUCUCACUAAGGAGAAUAAGGCCCCGCAGUGCCUCAAGGUGCUAACGACGUCGGGCUGGAACCCGCCGCCCGGGCCGCGCAAGAUGUGCGGCGAUCUCCUCUACUUGCAUGUGGUCACCCUCGAGGAUCGCCACUUUCACAUUACGGCGUGUCCCCGAGGAUUCUACCUCAACCAAUCCACCGAAGAAGUGUUCAACCCUCGGCCCUCGACUCCGUCCCUGCUGUGCCACUCGCUGAUCGAGCUGCUGAGCAUCGUGUCGCCGGCGUUCAAGCGCAACUUCGCGCUGGUGCAGAAGCGACGCAUGCAGAAACACCCGUUCGAGCGCGUGGCCACGCCCUACCAGGUCUACCAGUGGGCGUCGCCGAUGCUGGACCAUACUGUUGAUGCUAUACGCGCCGAGGAUACUUUCUCCUCCAAACUGGGCUAUGAAGAGCACAUCCCAGGCCAGACGCGCGACUGGAACGAAGAGCUGCAGACCACGCGUGAGCUUCCGCGAUCCACGCUGCCUGAGCGACUGUUGCGCGAACGCGCCAUAUUCAAGGUCCAUAGCGACUUCGUGGCAGCAGCCACCCGCGGUGCAAUGGCGGUCGUGGACGGCAACGUGAUGGCCAUCAACCCAGGCGAGGAGCCGAAGAUGCAGAUGUUCAUCUGGAACAAUAUAUUCUUCUCGCUCGGGUUUGACGUGCGCGACCAUUACAAGGACUUGGGAGGGGACGCCGCAGCUUUUGUUGCUCCGCGCAACGACCUCCAAGGCGUGCGAGUAUACAGCGCUGUGGAUACCCCCGGGCUACACACGCUUGGAACUGUGGCGGUGGACUAUCGCGGCUACCGCGUCACGGCCCAGUCCAUCAUUCCUGGAAUCCUGGAGAAGGAGCAGGAGCAGAGCGUUGUCUACGGCAGCAUCGACUUCGGGACCACUGUGCUGUCUCACCCCAAGUAUAUGGAUCUGCUGAGCAAAGCGGGCCAGCAGCUCAAGAUCAUGCCUCACUCGGUGAUCAGUGCGAACGGCGAGACGGUCGAACUGUGCUCAAGCGUGGAGUGCAAGGGCAUCAUCGGCAACGACGGCCGCCAUUACAUCCUCGACUUGCUGCGCACAUUCCCGCCUGACGUCAACUUCCUUCAACUGGAAGAUGACGAGCUAAGGGAAGACAUCAAGUCAAUGGGUUUCCCAAUUAUCCAUAAGCACAAACUUUGUUGCCUUAGACAAGAGUUAGUCGAUAGUUUUGUUGAAAACCGUUACUUCAUGUUCAUCCGCUACGCUGCGUUCCACCUGCAACAGUUAAGUGCGAAGAAGCAGCGUGAAUCAUCCGAACAAAAAUCCAUCGAAAACAAAAAAGAAACUGAAGCUAAAGCAGUUACUAGUGAGACUGAUGUUAAAGAAACUAAGAAAGAAAAGGAACCUAAAGAUAAAAAGUCGAAGAAGGAGAAAGAAAGUGCCAAAAAGGAGGUAGUUAAAAAAGAGGAAGCCAAAAAAGAUGAAGCCAAAACUGAGGAGGUAGCGACGACGAAGGAAGAAGGGAAAGACAAGGGCAAAGAUGAUGAGCUUUUGUUGAACGACAAUUAUUCUGAUAUUGACACUGAUGUUGCCAAAAAAAUUGUAGAGAGCAUCACAGACUCGAUUUGCAGUGGAGACAAGCAAGAAAGUGAUUCUGGCGAGCGUUCCCGCGCUGUAGUGGCGUCUGCGGCGCGCGCCGUUGCCUCGCUCAAAGAGUCUGAGUUCGACGUGCGUUUCAACCCCGACGUGUACUCGGCGGGUAUCAAGCACGCCGCGCCGCCAGAACAGCUGGCCAAACAGCGACACCUCGUCAAGGAGGCUGCGGCUUUCUUGCUCACUACGCAGAUACCGGCUUUCGUCCGCGAGUGCCUCGAGCACGCAGCAGCGCCCAUGGACGGCGCGGGCCUGGCGGAGGCGCUGCACGCGCGCGGCAUCAACGUGCGCUACCUGGGCCGCGUGUGCGCCGCGCUGCGCCCGCACGCGCACCUCGCCUACCUGCACGCCAUCGCCGUCGGCGAGCUCGUGCUGCGCGCCGCCAAGCACGUGUACACCGCCUACCUGCAGGGUUGUGAAGCAAUGUGCAUCGGAGGCGCCGUGGCUCACUUCCUAAACUGCCUGCUCGGCGCGUGCCCUUCACCCGGCGUGAGCGCGGGCGAGGCUCCCGCGGCGGGGCGGGGGGCGCGCGGGGGACGCGGGCGCCGCACGCGCCGGCACCACCCGCCGCCGCAGCCGCCGCCUAACACCGACUGGCAGAACUUGACGCCUAAAGCGCUGUUCUCGCAGAUCAAGGCUGAGCUCAAGGCAUACUGGGGCUAUGAACUUAAUGCUGAAAAUAUGGAGGUUGUAAUAGAAAAACAUGGCCUGCAAAAGAUAUCUCUUCUCAGGUCCUUCGCUCUCAAAGUGGGUCUACAAAUCAUGCUUCGCGAAUACGAUUUUGACAUUAAGAAUAAGGCUACAUUCAGUGGAUCAGAUAUCAUGAAUAUUUUCCCUGUUGUUAAACAUAUCAAUCCUAGGGCAUCAGACGCAUACAACUUCUACACGACCGGUCAGAACAAGAUUCAAGCUGGCGCCGUGUCUGAAGGCCACGAACUUAUCACGGAGGCUCUGAACCUCUUGAACAAUGUAUACGGAGCUAUGCAUGGAGAGAUCGCUCAAUGCUUGCGUAUGGUGGCACGUUUGUGCUACGUCACUGGGGAACAUAGAGACGCUAUGGCGUACCAGCAGAAGGCUGUGUUCAUGUCAGAGCGAGUCAACGGCAUUGACCAUCCUUACACUAUUACUGAAUACUCGCAUUUGGCCCUGUACUGCUUCGCCAACGGUCAAGUGAGCACAGCCCUGAAGCUUUUGUACCGCGCUCGCUACUUAGCGCUGUUGGUCUGCGGCGAGAAUCACCCCGAGAUGGCCCUGCUAGAUAGCAACAUCGCGUUGAUCCUGCACGCGGUCGGCGAAUACGAGCUGUCGCUUCGGUUCGCCGAACGCGCGCUGGCGGUGACGAGCGGCGUGCACGGGCCGCGCUCGCUCAAGGCGGCGGUGGCGCGCCACCUGCUGGCCCGCACGCUGUCCUGCCUGGGCGAAUUCCGCGCCGCGCUGCACCACGAGAAGGAGACCUACUCCAUCUACAAGCAGCUGCUCGGCGAAAAGCACGAGAAAACCCGCGAAUCCUCAGAGUGCCUGCGCCACCUCACGCAGCAGGCCGUGGUGCUCCAGAAGCGGCUCGCGGAGGCCUACGCGCGCGCGCCCCACGCGCCGCCCGCGCCGCCGCCGCUGCACAUCCAGCCGCCCGGCAUGGCCUCCGUCAUCGAUAUGCUCAACCUGAUCAACGGGAUACUCUUUGUGCAGAUCAGUCCCCAAGACAUCGAGCAGUUCAAGGCGGAGAUCGAGAAACGGCAGCUGAAAGAUUUGCCCAUCCCGGGCGUCCUGAACGAGCUGCGAGCGAGCGCGGAGGCGGGCGCGGGCGAGGCCCCGGACAGUUGAAGGCCGCGCCCUCCCGCCGUCCCUGGACUAUGUUUAGUGAUAAGCGAGGCGGCCGCGCGCCGCACCCAUGUAGAAAGCAUACUCCGCUCAUAUUGGACGUUAUGCUACACAUCGUUACUUUAUAACUAUUGAUUGAUGAUAUUGUUCCUUAUCUAUGAAUGUAUGCCGUAGUGGAUAGUGUGCUAAGGUUUGAUGUAGAUUUUUGUUAGUCAAAUUUUGAGGAUAUUAUUUUGAUAAAAUAAUUAAGAGUUUAAAUUUUAUGAUUUUUUUUUCUUUUGCAGUGCAAUAGAUUUAUUUAUGCAUGUGCAUAUUCUUCUAUAUUUCGCUCAAAUCACGAUAUAGGUUUAAUUUUAUGCUUCCGUUGGGAAUUCACAAUUUUAUGGACAUCCAAAGUAGUGCAAUUUUGAUGUAGUGAUAAUAGCAAUAAGUUUUGGUUGUGAACCUGAGACCGCGUGCGCGUCGCUAUGUUAUGGUACUGGUGCUACUGCCAAUUACUUUUCGUAUAUGAUGAUUUUAUGAAUUGUUAUUGUCGAGUAUUAUUUUCUUUUUUUAAUUAGUGCGGCGAGAGUAUAUUGUUGAAAUACCCAUAGUAGUAGAAUUUCGGUUAUAUUGUCACUGAAAUGUAACAGGAUUUGUAUGUUUCGGGUCCGUACAAAAUCUAGAGUUGAUUGUUUGGUAAACGAAGAACAAUAGUUACAGGAUGCCUCCACUCGGUAAGUUGAUCACUGCCUCUAACGUUACUUUAGCUUCAGGUUUUAGUUAUUAGUGCCAUAUAAGUAGUGAAUGUAAGUUCUUUUUAUAAUACGUUUCUGUUAGUCUGUGAUAUAGAAUGUUUAUCAAUUUAUCAUCGAGUCACUUGCCUUGUUUGUUCAGUAGGUCUAAUUAACUGAUGAAUUAUGAAAACGCUUUAAAAUCUUCAUAUACAUAAUGUAAAUUAAAUUACAUCUACAACUCAAUCACAAUUUUGUAAUACUGUUAUGAUGAUGUUAAUUAAUAUGUAAAUACUUGUCUCACGACAAUAAUUAUUGAUUUGAAUUGUCAUGCAAGAUCCCAUGCCUAGCGUAAAACUUGUUGAAAUAGUGAUACAUAUUUAUAUCAAAUAGUAAUGAUAAUGCAGCCUAAGUACCGUUAAUGAUGUUUAUAUCCUAAUGUUACCCAAGCAUCUAUUGCCAGUUUGCUUUUACCUGCAUGUUCGUCUAUCUAGUUAUUGUAUUUUCAGCACUUUUAUUUGGAUUUAUUAAUUAAUUCUCUCAAUUUUCAUUAAGUUAUUUGUUGUGUCUGUAAAUGAUUAAAUUUUAAUGAAAAUGAUAAUCUUAUAAAAUGAUUCAUACAUAUUACAACUCUUGAGUAUGUGCUGUCAUAGAAUUUAAUUAAACAUUAAAUUAUUUAAUAUAUUUUAGCCAAAUUACAAUUCGUCUUAUUAAUUUAUGCAGUUAUACUUUUUAUAUUGUUAAUUUUUGUUAUGCUGAAAAUAAAAUAUGAGAUGAUCAUUUUUAAAAUAAUAUUGAUUUUUAGACCUUAUGUUGUAGUAUAGGUUUUUGUGCACAACUGUUAAAGAGACGUCAAUUCGAUUCAAAUCAUGUUAUAAUAGGCAUAAUGGUAAUGGAAGUAGUACCACUAGGUAAGACAAGCACCAAAUGAAUGUUCUUAUUCAAGUGAGAAUAUACGAAUUACCUAUAGUAUCUAUUUUGUGGAUAUUUUCGAUUAAUUUAUUUUGGUCCUUGCAAAAUAAAAGUCGUUUGCGACGAGAGACAGUACAUUAGCGCGCGUUCAUGUAUCCAACACAAAAUAAAAUUAAGAAUGAUGUAAGAUGAAGAAGCAUGUGCCUAAGCAAACAAUAAUCAAUGUUGUUGUUGUUACAUUUCUUUAACAAUAUGACGAACAUGUAAAUACGGCGCUGUUCGUAGUAUACUAAUAAAAAGUUCGUUUUUAAAA